AGGGCUUUUCUUUCGUCUCCAAUUGUGAUACAAGAAGCAGAAGUCAUCUCUAUCCUAAAACCUUCCAGGGAAGACUUCGAUUUUUUGGUGUUAUUGAGUAAAAUAGUAUAAGGGGUAAAGUUUGAGGUGAUAGCAAUGCCUCGGGAUUUGUCACGGUCACGGUCACCUUCAUAUAGGAGAAGGCAUUCACCUUCUCCUGUUGGGAAUAAGUAUAGCAGGAGGAGCCGAAGGGAUAGAGGCCGAUCGCCAAAUUCAUCUUAUUCUUAUAGCAGAAGGAAGAGUCGUUCUCUUACUCCACGUCGCCGCAGAAGUCGAUCUCCAGCCACAAGACGUCAUAAAAGUCGUUCUCUGACUCCAAGGCGUUAUAAGAAGCAAAGAAGUAGGAGUUCUUCAUUGACUCCUACUCAUAAGUCCUCUAGUCCUAGUCUUGGGUUGAUAGAGCAGAAAAAUGCUACUGAAAAAUUGAAAAAAGAAGAAGAGAAGAAAAGGUAUAUUGAUAUUGUACUUUUUGCUUUUCCCUUUCUCUGAUUUCACCUUUAACUUUGUCUUCACUCUUCAGCUCUUUUUUUCCCCCCAAACUGCUGAUACAGUGCCAAAAAGGUGAAUCUAGGUUAACCUGUUGCUGGGUUGCGCCUUAGUUUUUUCCUGCCUGAGUUGGCAUCUAUAACUCACCCAGUCUGUAUGAGUGGCAGCUCUGCUGCUCCCUUUGCUUAGAGCUCUUAUUUUCACCUUUGUAAAUGUCCAUCAUGGAAUUAGACUAUUGGUAGCCUUGAUGGCAUCACUUUAUGUUUUUGGUCAUCUCACAAAUGUGUGGUUGAUACAUUAAAAUAUCAUACAAAGUCUUCUUAUAAAAAGAAUGCAUUCAUUCUGGCAAAGUAUGGAGUUGUUUGGGUGACUAGUAUUAAAUCUGCAGCAAUUUACUUGGCAUUUUUCUCGACAGGCUUUUCUGAAGGAAGAUACUGCUAUAAUUCAACUUGUUAUGUUUGAUGACCUGAUUGGAUGCAUUGUUUAUCUACUGUUCACCAUUUUUGAUACUCGUUUGUUUGGAUCAGGUUCAAUUAGAGGUAUGCCUUAAAAGCAUAGCAUAUUUAGUGCCUUGUCAUCAUGAAGGUUAGUUGGUAUUUAUUAAGGCUACAAAAUGAGUACAGGAAAGAAAAAAGAAAGGACCAUGAAUUGUCAAAUGGUUUCUAGUAGUGCUAUUGCCUGGAUAGGAAGACACUGUCACACCUGUUAUAGGAAGGUUGCGGUGUUUGCCCACUGUGUCAGGGUCCUCUUCCUGCUUAACAUUUUCUUUGUUUUCCCAGGCGUCAACAGGAAGCAGAACUGAAACUAAUAGAAGAAGAAACUGCAAAAAGAGUGGAGGAAGCAAUUCAGAAAAAGGUUGAAGAGAGCUUGAAUUCUGAAGAAAUCAAACUAGAAAUUCAGAGGCUAUUGGAGGAAGGCCGAAGGAAACUUCAUGAUGAAGUUGCAGCUCAGCUUGAGAAAGAGAAGGAAGCUGCCCUUAUUGAAGCUAGGGGAAAGG